UGCAAUCAACUAUGUUCAAUUUGAUUCACUGGUACUGAUUCCUGUACAAUUGAAUUAAAUCUGUUUUACCCUGUUCUACUUGACCCACUGUCUACAAUAGGUAUUGUACUGUCCAGGUCCCGCAUUCAUAAAGCGUCUCAAAGUAGUAGUGCUGGUCUAGGAUCUGUUUGUUUUUUUAGAUCAUAAAGAAUAAGAUCACAUAGACAGGGGGACCUGAUCCUAGAUCAGCAAUCCUACUCUGAGACACUUUAUGAAUACGGAUCCUGAACAGAUGAACUGAUCAUCUGUCCUGUGGUGUUGUGUCUCAGCUGGAUGAGGAGGUGUCGAGGUCGCCUCCCCCAGUGGUGAGGCCAUGUUUGCCCCARUGAGGGAUCUGAGGGCAGAGCUGGGCAUGGCUCUGUUCGGGGUGGACGUCAUCGUCAGCAUCGACACACACACCCUCACUAUCAUCAACAUCAGCAUCUUCCCAGGCUAUGAGGGAGUGCCUCAGUUCUUCUCCUCCCUCCUCAGUCACAUUGAGUCAGUAUUGGAUCCCCGGGAACUGGAAGUCCCCCAGGCMACAUGUCCUCUUGCUCCCUCAGCCCCCCAGGCUGAACUCUGAUGCGGGUUCACUGUUGACCCUUGACCCUGACCUGGCUCAUCCUCUCUGAUACAUCCAGAAAGCCCCUGGAAGUAGMACACCUAAUUGACAAUGGUUGCCUUUAAAUAUACUGUAUCUCAUAAACUGGGUCUGAGUCACCUCUUCUUGCAGAUACAUAGGUGCCAGGAUUUUGUAUGAAUAGACAGAAACUGUGAUCAGUGAAUGAAGACAACCAACCACUACUAUUAUAGAAGUAACAAUGAUUGAGAAAUAUUAUAUACUGUGCUUUUAUUGAUUGACAUGUAGCAUAUAAGACACAGUAGGCACAGAUGCAGGACUCUGAUUGGGCCAGUACAAUUACAAAUGUUGACUUCCACUAAUUUGUCCUUUACAUCCCACUUACAAUCCACAACCAUUUGCUGGUAAAAUUCAUUUGGUUAAUACAUUUCUAAAUGUUGAAAUUGUAUACAUUCUUGAGUAAAUCUCACAACACGUAGUGAGUAGCCUGACUUCUUACAUGGUGUUGAUGUGUUUUAUAUUAGUUUCCUAUGAGUCCCAACAGUUACCAGUGUUAUAUAAUUAAGUAAUAAGGCCCGAGGGGAAGUGGUAUGUGGCCAAUGUGCCAYGGCUAAGGGCUGUUCUUAAGCACGACGCAACGCGAAGUGCCUGGAUACAGCCCUUAGCCGUGGUA